UAAACUAACCUCAAAUCUUUGACAGUUAGUAUUUUGUUGUCUCAUUGUGAAAAACGUUAAUUUGAAAAUGGCAUCAGUUUUGUGUCCUGAAAUAGCCCCCGCCGGGUUUUCUUUUGAUAAUUGCUCCAGAAAUGCCGCUUUGGAAGGUAAGGGUUUCCCCGUCCCAAAAGCGACUAAAACGGGAACAACAAUUGCUGGAAUUAUAUUUGCCGAUGGGGUUAUAUUAGGCGCUGAUACUAGAGCAACAGAAGACACCACCGUCUCAGAUAAAAAUUGCGCGAAGAUACAUUAUUUAGCCCCAAAUAUGUAUUGUUGCGGUGCUGGAACAGCAGCUGAUACGGAAAUGACCACAAAUAUGAUAUCGUCUCAAUUAGAACUGCAUCGUCUUUUUACUAACCGCGUCGUCCCAGUUUGCACUGCAAAUCAAAUGUUAAAACAAUUUCUCUUUAGAUAUCAAGGCUAUAUUGGGGCUGCUUUAGUAUUAGGAGGCGUAGACCCAACAGGCCCCCAUUUAUUCUCGAUUUAUCCUCACGGCUCAACAGAUAAAUUACCCUAUACUACAAUGGGUUCAGGUUCUCUUGCUGCAAUGGCCGUUUUUGAGUCACGUUGGAAACCAGGGUUAACUGAAGAAGAGGGAAAGCAACUUGUUCGAGAUGCCAUUGCCGCAGGAAUUUUUAAUGAUUUAGGGUCAGGUUCUAAUGUUGAUUUGUGUGUUAUUCGCAAAGGUUCUGUUGAUUAUUUGCGUACUUAUGAUGAAGCGAAUAAAAAGGGGGUUCGUCAAGGGAAUUAUCGAUUCCCGAAGGGAACUAGCGCUACUUUGGCUACCAAAGUUAUUCCAUUGGAAGUUACUGAAACUGUUCAUCAUAUUGAACCUGAUUCGCUUAUGGAUACUGCUUAAUUAUGGAUGAAACAGUUAUUGGGUUUAUACGAUAAUUUCUAAUUAAAUUACUUUUAUGAAAA